ACCUUGUGCUCUUCCACUCCUAUCAACGAAGUUUGUUUAAUUUGCUUCAGGAUUUGGGGGAGAAAUUACAGCUGGAAAAUAUAUGAAAGAACAUUUUCACCUACAGAUAACAGCUGACUAUAGAAUGAGUUACUAUAUUAGCAAGAAAAAAUAAAUGCAGAUGUUGGACCAUGUCAAAAAUCUUGUCAAGAGAAUGGAUUGUUUCACACAGAAUGGAGAUAUGGCUUCUGAUUCUGGUGGCGUAUCUGUUCCAAAGAAAUGUGAAUUCGGGACGUAUGCCGACUAAAGAUGUGGACCCAGAAGCAUUCAUGAAUGUUAGUGAAAUCAUUCUACAUAAAGGCUAUCCCUGUGAAGAGUAUGAAGUUACAACAGAAGAUGACUAUAUCCUUUCCAUUAACAGAAUUCCUCAAGGUCUAGUGCAAACUAAGAAGAGAGGCUCCAAGCCUGUGGUGUUACUGCAGCAUGGCCUCCUUGGUGAUGCCAGCAACUGGAUCUCAAACCUGCCCAACAACAGCCUGGGCUUCAUCCUGGCAGAUGCUGGCUUUGACGUGUGGAUGGGAAACAGCAGGGGGAACACCUGGUCUCGGAAACACAAGAGACUCUCCAUCGAUCAAGAUGAGUUCUGGGCCUUCAGUUAUGAUGAGAUGGCUAGGUUUGACCUUCCUGCAGUCAUAAACUUUAUUUUGCAGAAAACGGGCCAGGAAAAGAUCUAUUAUGUCGGCUAUUCACAGGGCACCACCAUGGGCUUUAUUGCAUUUUCCACCAUGCCAGAACUGGCUCAGAAAAUCAAAAUGAAUUUUGCUUUAGCACCCGUAGCCACUGUUAAACAUGCAAAAAGCCCUGGAACCAAAUUCCUGUUGUUGCCAGACAUGAUGAUCAAGGGAUUGUUUGGCAAAAAAGAAUUUCUGUACCAAACCAGAUUUCUCAGACAGUUUGUUAUUUACCUGUGUGGCCAGGUGAUUAUUGACCAGAUUUGUAGCAAUAUCAUGUUACUUCUGGGAGGAUUCAACGCAAACAAUAUGAACAUGAGCCGAGCCAAUGUAUAUGUCGCUCAUACUCCUGCAGGAACUUCUGUGCAAAAUAUCCUACACUGGAGCCAGGCAGUGAAUUCUGGAGAACUCCGGGCAUUUGACUGGGGAAGCGAGAUCAAAAAUUUGGAGAAAGGCAAUCAGCCAACUCCUAUGAGAUACAGAGUUAAAGACAUGACAGUUCCUACGGCAAUGUGGACUGGAGGUCAGGACUGGCUUUCAAAUCCAGAAGACGUGAAAAUGCUGCUCUCCGAGGUGACCAACCUUAUCUACCAUAAGAAAAUUCCAGAGUGGGCACACGUUGAUUUCAUCUGGGGUUUGGAUGCUCCUCAUCGUUUGUACAAUGAAAUCAUACAUCUGAUGAAGCAGGAGGAAGCCAACGUUACCAAGGAAACUUGUGAGGUCACCUUGUUCUGAGGCAUGGGAUACUGAUAAGUCUUAGAAAAACUUCUUGGGAGACAGGGUGGGGUCCACCAGUGGAGAAUUUUAAGGA